GAGUGUGAAUAAAGGGAAAGCCACACAUGCGUACGAUUCAGUCUUUGCCAUUUCCAGGGAGAGGCCGCUGCUCCUUGCCUCUUCCUGUCUUCGUAACUCGCUUCGUUCAUCUUCUUCAGUCUAGUCGGCUUCUUGAACAUAUUUGAAACCAUGUCGAACAAGUACAAGGUGAAUUACCUGGAAGUGGAACAGGGGAUGAGGAGAGAUGACAGUACGAGCUCUUUCGGUUCCGUCACCCUUCGUCCUUACACCGAAGUCAACUGGGAUGAAUGUUCAGUGGCGAUGUCUCAAGCUCCCCUGGCUCCUCAAAUGGGGGAGAGUCCAUUCUUGGAAGAGCCCGAUCGAGGGAACUGGACGGGGAAGUUCGAUUUCCUACUCUCCCUCCUCGGAUAUUCCGUUGGACUCGGGAACGUGUGGCGGUUCCCCUAUCUCUGCUACAAGAACGGCGGGGGGGCGUUCCUGUUGCCAUUCGUCAUCAUGUUGGUAGUAGCAGGCCUUCCGUUGAUGUUCAUGGAGUUGUCCCUCGGACAAUACGUGAGUCUAGGUCCGAUCGGGCUUUUCGAGAAACUCUGCCCUCUUCUCCAUGGACUUGGUUGGGGCAUGGUCAUCAUCUCUUCCAUCGUCAUGCUCUAUUACAACAUGAUCAUCGCCUGGACCCUCUUCUAUAUGUUUGCCUCGUGGACCUCAGUCAUUCCCUGGACCCAUUGCGAGCCGGAAUGGAGCACUGAGACUUGCUAUUCAUACGAAGACGCGGACAACUGUAUGAAACUGAACGGGACUUACUAUAAUCGGUCGUGUUUCGACAGCGAAACUUCAAUAGCCUUGAAUCUAACUCUCCUCGUCCAAAAUAGGACGAAAGAAACCCCGGCUUCGCAGUACUUCAACAACUACGUAUUGGGAUUAAGUGAGGGGAUUGAAUCGAGUGGGGAGCCCAGAUGGCAAUUGGUACUUUGUCUUUUACUGGCAUGGUCCAUCGUCUUCCUCUGCCUCAGCAAGGGGGUUCAAACCUCCGGAAAGGUGGUGUAUUUCACGGCCCUCUUCCCUUACGUAGUCCUCGUGAUUCUCUUCUUUCGGGGAGUCACCUUACCUGGAGCUGGAACUGGAAUCAUCUACUAUCUAACACCCAGUUGGGACCGACUGACCAGUGCAGAGGUAUGGGGAGACGCAGCGGUUCAGAUCUUCUUCGCCCUGAGUCCUGCCUGGGGCGGUCUUAUCACGUUAGCAUCUUACAACAAAUUCAACAACAAUUGCUUGAAGGAUGCAGUGAUCGUUGCGAUCUCGAACGUGAUGACGUCGUUCUUUGCCGGCUUCGUCGUGUUCGCCGUCAUCGGUUACCUGGCUUACGAAUUGGACAAAGAGAUUAAACACGUGGUCGACGAUGGAGCUGGACUAGCCUUCGUCGUCUAUCCGCAGGUGGUGACUCGUUUGCCCCUGGCCCCACUCUGGGCUUUUCUCUUUUUCUUCAUGCUCCUCACGUUGGGUCUGGAUUCUCAGUUUGCACUGAUGGAGACGGUGACGACGGCGCUGAUGGAUUUCUUUCCCAUGCUUCGCAUUCACAAGGUCUUAGUCGUGGCAGCAGUCAGCUUUGCCGGAUUUCUCGGAGGAAUCAUCUUCUGUACUAACGGUGGAGUAUAUUGGCUUCAACUGAUGGAUCAUUAUGCAGCCAACUGGUCGGUUCUCCUCAUUGCCACGGCUGAAUGCGUCCUCAUGGGUUGGUGGUAUGGAGCUGAAAAUUUCCUUCGAGACAUCCAGGAAAUGAUGGGAAAGAUGUCUCCCCGUUGGGUCAAGUUCUGGGCCAUCGUCUGGAAAUACAUCACUCCGGUGGUUCUUAUGUUCGUCUUGGUGUUUAAUUGGAUCCAAUAUGAGCCGGCAUCGUUUGGGGAGAACUACGUCUUUCCUUUAUGGGCAAAUGUCAUCGGGUGGUGCACAGCGCUCACCCCCAUGGCAGCGAUUUUGCUCAUCGCCAUUCACAAAUUCUGCACGGCGGAGGGCACCUUCCUCCACCGGUUAUGGACGUUGAUGUUACCGACAUCGGACUGGGGACCAGAGCACAGUCGGAAGGAGGCAUUGAGUCGGCCGGCUUCCACCAUCAUGAAUGGACACCCCUCUUCAGGUGGGAUGUUCGCUGGACUCAAUCAUGGACUGCCUUCCAUCCCCGAAAUCCAGACCUCACAUGAAGAUGAUCAACUCUCCUAUAGCGAACAGGCGGAAAAGCCUGAAGUGGACGGCGAAAAGGUGGCUCACUUCAUCUUCGAAUCCAGCAUGUGAUACUCUUCCUCCUCGGACUACAUCCAAUUGUUUGGAUUCUGAGUCAUUUGCUGUUUUUCCCCUGAAAUUUUUUUGGCAUAGUAUGCGUAGGUAGAGAGAGAAUCCCCUCGAUUCAGGUUGUGCCAACUUUUAUUCUUUUUUUAUGCGCAUAGACUUCUAAUCUGAUUUUGUAUCCGUCUCAUCGUGUGCAGUAUUAUGGUGGGGAUUAGAAGGAUUUAGAUUCAGGUUCUCGUCGCUUUUCAUCUAUCAUGUUAUCAUUAACUUAUGUUCCAUAUUUGUCUCAGUGAUGAUUGAUGAGUGAUGCAGUAUUGGUGAUACUUAGAGUGGACUCCACAUAAUAGUUUUUCUCGUCAUUGUUAUUAUCUGAGUCCAUUUCAUGUCCCUCCUUCAAUAUUCCGCGUCCGCCCCCCUCCCCCAAAAUAAUUUUUUCUUAUGAAAUCCUCUCUGAAAUCCUUAUGAAAUCACUGCGUGCGGUGUUGUAGAUGAGCAUAUCACGCCAACCACAGCAUUAUGCCAAUGCUCAAUGAGAGAUCAGUGGGGAAUCCGGUUUUCAGCAGUGGAUAUGAGUAAAACGCAAUUCGAAGUCUAUCGUGUCAAAAUGCUCACUUGCUUAAUCGUUCGCAAUAGCACUGUAUACAUAUAUUAGCUUAGCCAUCUUAAGUUUCAAUGCCAUUGCUAUUAAUCCUUUGCCACGGCUCCAUCUAUCCCUUUGUUUGAUCUCGGUGCCUCAUUGUGAGAGAACAUUUCUCCUGUUCUGACAUGUAAUGUUAAAUCGACAUAGAGAUUUGAAAGAUCUCAGGAAACUUCCUUAGUCGCAGUGAAUGGAAAUGUUAAUAUUAUAGUUUGUGCGUAUGAGGUGAGAUUCACAGUGUUCCCAAGAUCGUUGAAUCAGAUGUGAUGUUCUUUGGCCAAUUAGCAUGAGUUCUUUUGCGACCCGAGUGAAAGAGUUCGAGGGAGAAGGAUCAUUUGCUAAUAGCUAUUUUUAUAGAACCAGUGUCGAGAUGUGUUCAUGUUAUUGAUUCUCUUUUUUUUUUUUGGGGGGGGGGGG